AUGGUUUUCUCAAUCACCCCCGACCAAUCCAAUGGCCCUGCCCCAAGCACCACCUCCCACGAAGUCCCCUCCUACCUCCUCACCGGCAAAGUCGCCCUCGUGACCGGUUCCGGCCGCGGAAUCGGCAAGGAGACCGCGCUCGAGCUGGCUCGCCGCGGCGCCAAAGUCGUCAUCAACUACGCCAACUCAGAUGCGGCGGCCGAGAAGGUGGUGCAAGAGAUCAAGGGCAUGUACAAGGGUGCCGACGCCAUCGCGAUCCGAGCCAACGUGGCCAACGUGUCGGAGACGAUCGAGCUGAUGGACAAGGCGGUCGAGCACUUCGGCAAGCUCGACAUCGUCUGCUCGAACAGCGGCGUGGUGUCGUUCGGCCACCUGAAGGACGUCACCGAGGAGGAGUACGACCGCGUCAUGGGCAUCAACACGCGCGGCCAGUUCUUCGUGGCGCGCGAGGCCUACAAGCACCUCGAGGUCGGCGGGCGCAUCAUCCUGAUGGGCUCCAUCACCGGCCAGGCCAAGGGCGUGCCCAAACACGCCGUCUACUCCGGCAGCAAGGGUGCGAUCGAGACCUUUGUGCGCUGCAUGGCCAUCGACUGUGGCGACAAGAAGAUCACCGUCAACGCCGUUGCGCCCGGUGGCAUCAAGACCGACAUGUACCAGAAGGUGUGCAAGGAGUAUAUCCCCAACGGUGAAAACCUGAACGAUGAGCAAGUGGAUGAGUACGCUGCGACCUGGUCGCCGCUGAACCGUGUCGGUCUGCCGUUGGAUGUUGCUCGCGUGACGGCUUUCCUGGCCAGUCAGGACGGUGAAUGGAUCAACGGAAAGGUUCUUGGGAUUGAUGGCGCUGCCUGCAUGUAA